GGUCUUGAUAAACACCUGUGUGUUCGAGCUUGCUCCAUUCAUUUCGCAUCUAGUUUCCUGUAGAUUCUCCUCUACAUAGAUACACAUCGCAACAAUCAUCAUCCAAGUCAGAUUUCCAAAAUACUCAUCACCAGAGAACUCGAAAUACAAGUAAAUCUGCGUUCCAACACCAGUUAUAGAAAAAGCUAUGUAUACUAUAGCAUCGACUACUUGCAUUGGUUACACAAAGUCAAUCUUGGAGAUAUUGACCAAUAUCCAGAUCAGAAUGAAGACUCGAAAUAGAAAGAUUGAGCGCAAUCCGCUUGCAGCUUUAAUCGCUCUAAUUAUCUUUUCCCUCAUUGUAAUGAUAACAAUCAUUGUCCAACUAGGGAAUUUUCUACUCAACGACAAAUCUCUCCCCCGGAUCCCAGAAACCACUCAUACCAAUCAAGACCCCGACCCUCUCGCUCUCCACGCGCAUCUCGAACCUCCUCAGCCAGUCAACCGAGAAAUUGUCCACUACUUCAAUCCCCGCUUCCGAGACAUUCCCGAUGUGCAUUUUCUCAAAAAACAAAUUCGGGAAAACAUCGAUGCGGUUUUCGUGGGUGCUGUGGUGCCUUGGCCUGAAAUUAUGGAGGCGGGUUUUGGGCAUGGCGCGCUGGCGGCCAUUGAUCGGGAGGUGAAGUUACAGGGGGGAGGUGGUGAAGAUGGGAAUGGAACUCGGGGGAUGGGGAAUGAAGCGCAUGCUCGUGAUGGAGAGAAAGAUGUUGAUACGCCGGAGUGGAUGUUAGCGCUGUUCCCUAAGCCCGAAGAUGAAAAUGGAAAUGGAAACGGAAAUGAAAACGAAAAUGAAAAUGUAGAUACAUCGCCUGGGAAGAAAGGAGGAGAGAGACCCCGAGAGCAGAAAUCUACGUGUCCGAUAUGUACAGAUGAGCUUCCUGCUAAAGUUGCGGUUGCGAAACCGUGUAAACAUCGCUUUUGCAAGUCGUGCUUGGCGGAUUGGAUGGUGCAUUUGGGGGAGGGAAAGGAGGCGAUUUGUUCGUGUCCGGUUUGUGGGGUGGGGAUUAGGAGGGUGGGGGGUGGAGGGGUGAGGGGGUUUGUCAGAGGGGUUUUGAGGAGGGGGUUGUGAGGAGGGGGUUGAGGGAUUUGUGUAGGUUUUGAGGAGAGGGCUGAGAGAUUGCAUUGGUGAGAGGUUGAGUAUCUCUGUGUUUGCUACGUUACAGUACACGCACGUACUUAGCUAACAUAACCCUAAACAAAUCAGUUACAUCACAUAUCGCACUUUCAUUCAUAACUGUAAUAUGCA